AUGUUGUUGCUCAAGAUCUUUACCGCCCUCUUCUUCUACAUCACCUCCAUCGUCUCUGCAGCAGACACAAAUGCAUGGAAGUCACGCAGCAUCUACUUUGUCCUGACGGAUCGUAUUGCUCGCAGCAGCAGUGACACGGGUGGCUCAGCUUGCAGCAACCUCGGCAACUACUGCGGUGGAACUUUCAAGGGCCUCGAGUCUAAGCUCGACUACAUCAAGGGACUUGGAUUCGAUGCCAUCUGGAUUACCCCCGUCGUCUCAAACAAGGCUGCUGGAUACCAUGGCUACUGGGCCGAGGACUUGUAUGCCGUCAACUCAAACUACGGCACUGCUGCCGACUUGAAGAGCCUGGUCGCCGCUGCCCAUGCCAAGGGCAUCUACAUGAUGGUCGACGUUGUCGCAAACCACAUGGGUCCUGGAGCAAUCACAAACAACCGCCCUGAACCUCUCAACCAAGCGUCCUCAUACCACACCGCUUGCAACAUCGACUACAGCAACCAAAACAGUGUUGAGAUAUGCCAAAUUGCCGGACUUCCCGACAUCAACACCACCAAGAGCGAGAUACGCACGCUCCUCAACACCUGGGUCAACUGGCUCGUAAAGGAGUACAGCUUCGAUGGCGUCCGCAUCGAUACCGUCAAGCACGUCGAAAAGGACUUUUGGCCUGGCUUCUCCGCCGCUACCGGCGUCUACAACAUUGGCGAGGUAUUCGACGGAAACCCAAGCUACCUUGCCGAGUACGCCAAGCUCAUGCCCGGUCUCCUCAACUACGCAGUCUACUACCCGAUGAACAACUUUUACCAGCAAAAGGGCUCUUCCCAGGCGCUUGUCGACAUGAUGAACACUGUUAGCAACACCUUCCCCGACCCAGCCGCCUUGGGAACCUUCCUCGACAACCACGACAACAAGCGCUGGUUGAAUGUCAAGAACGACCAGACCCUGCUCAAGAACGCUCUCGCCUAUGUCAUUCUUGCACGUGGUAUCCCAAUCUUGUACUAUGGUACCGAGCAGGGAUAUGCUGGUGGUGACGACCCAGCUAACCGAGAGGAUCUGUGGCGCAGUGGCUUCAACACCAACGCCAACCUCUACCAAGCCAUCAAGAAACUGACCGCCGCCCGACAGGCUGCUGGUGGUCUCGCAGGAAACGACCAUGUCCACCUGUACGUCGCUGACACCGCCUACGCCUGGAGCCGUGCCAACGGCAACCUGAUUGUCCUCACCACCAACGCUGGCGGCAACUCCAACACCCAGCACUGCUUCAACACUCAAAAGGCCAACGGCCGCUGGACCAACGUCUACGGCAACGGUGCCACCGUCACUGCCGAUGGCAACGGACAAAUCUGCGUCUCCGUCACAAACGGCGAGCCCGUUGUCCUCCUCGCCGGUUCCGCUACUCCCACCACUGGCACCACCCUCACCACUCGUACCACCACCGCCACAUCAACUUCAUGCCCCACCGCCGUCUCUGUCUCCUUCACCCACCGCGUCACCACCGUCCCCGGAGACACCAUCAAAAUCACUGGCAACACCGCCCAACUCGGUAACUGGACUCCCGCCAACGGCCUCACCUUGUCCGCAGCUAGCUACACCUCCAGCAACCCCAUCUGGACUAUUACCGUGCCACUGGCUGCUGGAUCCUCCAUCUCGUACAAGUUUGUCAAGAUCAACAGUGGAGGAACUGUCACUUGGGAGAGUGAUCCUAACCGGUCGUACACCGCGCCAAGCUGCCAGGCGAGUGCUAGUGUGAAUAGUUCGUGGCAAUAG